AAAUAUUUUUUUACAUUAGCCACCAAAUUGUCAAUAUUUUCGAAUUGAAAACGAAUUUCUUCAGCUACACGAUUGUGCUAAACAAUUGAUAUGAAUCAUUUUUGUAUAAAAAGAUUGAAUUCGAGCAGACUAUUUCAUGUACGGCGCGGCAUCAGUUACAAACAAUAAGACAUCGUCCUACUGUAUUAAUUUUGGUAUUCCACAUAAAAGGAAAAAGUGAUGCAGCAUGGCGUCCAUUAAAAAGAAUCGAACUUCUUUAUGUGAUAAACAAGUUAAUUGUGUAAAUAGACGAUGUAAAUCGGGCGAAGGGCUUUCAAAAGCAAUAGAAUUAGUUUGCAGUUAUUAUCAUGUUGAAUAUAAACCUAACAGAGAAGUAUGUGUAAUAUGUUUAAAGAAAUGUUUAAAACAUUUCAAAAACUUGGAAACUAAAAUGAAAGCAGGUGAAUGCAUAAUGGAUGGUCAUUUCCCAAAUUAUGAUUCAUAUUGUGUUAUUGAAUCUGAUGAUGAAGAUGAAACAUUGAAUUCCUUAAGUAAUAAUUAUUUUCCAUCCAAAGAUAUAGUUUCUGGAGUUAAUGCUGCCUUAGACUUAUAUUUUGAAAUGAACGAAGAAAUUAUAAAUGAUCAAAUUGUAAAGUGCAAUAAUUAUAUAAAUAAAUCAGUGCAUGAUUGUACUACUAAGGUAAAUUAUCUAGAAAAUAUGGCUGCAGAAUUAGAAAAUGAAAUAGCAUUUUUAAGAAAUGAGCUAUACAAGCCGUAUCAACCUAUAACUAGUCAAGUUUGUCAUAUUGACGUUAUUGAUGAUUUGAAAAAAAAUGAUAAAGAUAUUAUUGCUGUAAACAGAACUAUUUGUAGUGUACCAGCAGACCUACCUAAUGAAGGUCCACUUCAAUAUCCGCAUAUUAAAGAAGGAGAAGUUGUAUAUGCUAUGAAGUUUACCUUAAUACAGCCUUGGUAUAAAUGUAAAAUAAAAUCAGUUGUUAGUGAUGAUUAUGUGCAUGCAAAGUUUGAAGAUGAGGAAAAAUUAUUGCCCAAUAAAGCUAUAGCUUCUUUUGAUGAAAACCCAGUACGUUUCCCCGUAGGAAGUAGAGUUAUCUCUAAAUUUACUGAUCAAGAUUCUACAAAUUGUGAUUAUUAUUAUGCUGGAGUUAUUGCUGAACCACCUAAUCUUAUUAAUCAAUUUAGAUAUAUGGUGUUUUUUGAUGAUGGUUAUGUUCAAUACAGACAGCAUAAAGAUAUACGUUUAAUAAGACAUAAGUGUUCUCAAGUAUGGAAUGAUGUUCAUCAAGAUUCUAAAGAAUUUAUAUAUCAGUACUUAAAAAAAUAUCCAGAACGCCAAAUGGUUCGUUUAAAUAAAAAACAUUUUGUCCGAGCUGAAAAUCAAAAUCAAUGGUUGUUAGCAAAAGUACUGGAAGUAGAUGCUUCUUUAGUUAAAUUAUAUUUUAUGGACACCAAAAAAAGUGAAUGGAUGUAUAGAGGCUCUUCAAGAUUAUGGAAUAUUUUUGAGCAACAAACAAAAUCUGAGAAAGGUAUUCGUGUUAGACAAUCUGGUUUAGCAUACCUAAACAAACCUUUUGUUGAGUACACUAGUAUUGAGGAAGAUACAAACAAUAUAGUUAAAAGUGUAGCUCGAAAAAGUACUACUAAAAGUUCAACAACUCAAUGUGAUGAAGAAGUUAAAUCUGGAAAAAAUCAAGAUAUUUUUAAAAUUACUAAUCUUUUAUUGCCUGCAAGUAUCCCACACCCAAAAACAUUUAUUGUCCAUAAUUGCAAUUUUUCAUGCAUUAAGUGGACUGAAUAUGAUUACAACAAAACAAAGUUAAUAAGUAUGUUAGCUACUCCUCUUUAUUUUGGUUUUGUAAGGUAUAUUGCACAUUUUAACAGCACCCAAAAGUGUGUUAUGUACAAAACACCGUGUGGUCGUACUAUCAGAAACAUGAAAGAAAUGCAUGAUUAUCUUUUAUCUACUAAGAGUAAAAUGACUGUUGAUCAAUUUGAUUUUAAUAGUUGGGUUAACCCUCUAGUAGAAUUUAAAGUUUUAAAAUCAAUUAAGUUUCUUCAUGAUUUGUCUGGAGGGAAAGAAUUUAGGCCAAUAACCUGUGUUAAUAAUAUUAAUCAUAAAAUACCCCCCAAUAUGGAUUAUAUAACUGAAAGACGUGCUAAAACUGGUGUUAACCUUAAUGUUGAAAGCAGUUUCUUAUGUGGAUGUGACUGUACUGACAAUUGUCAAGAUAAGUCUAAGUGUGCUUGUUGGCAGAUGACAAUUGAUGGUCAGAAGAUUUUACCAAAUCUGUAUAAAGAUCCCAAUAUUGGUUAUAAUUACAGGCGAUUGCCAGAACGAGUUCUUACAGGAAUUUACGAGUGUAAUAAAACUUGUAAAUGCUCCAGUACUUGUAUAAAUCGUGUGGUUCAAAAUCCUCUUUCACAAAAGUUACAAUUAUUUGCAACUGAAAAAAAAGGUUGGGGUGUGAGAUGCUUAAAUGAUAUUCCCCAAGGAAGUUUUAUAUGUAUAUAUGUGGGUAAUUUACUUACUGAAUCUGAUGCUAAUGAAGGAGGAAAAAAUUAUGGAGAUGAAUAUUUAGCAGAAUUAGAUUACAUUGAAGUAGUAGAAAAAAUCAAAGAAGACUAUGAAAGUGAUGUACCUAACAGUGAUGCAGAAAGUGAAAGCAAAACCACAGAUGAUGAUGAAAGUUAUGCAUCAAUAGGAAUAGCUUCAUCUGAUGAAGAAUUUCAAACCACAACGGAAGAUGAAUACAGUGUAUCUAAUAUUAUAUCAAGAUUGCGUAAACGAAAAACAAAGACUGACAAUACCAAAACAAAAAAAGAUGGUAGUCAUGUUCCUUCUAAAUUAAAUGCAAUUGCAAUGGAGAAUAAUCGUUUGCCUCCAAAAUCUAUUCGUGAUUAUUAUGGUGAUAAUGAGAGCGUUUAUAUAAUGGAUGCAAAGAGUAGUGGUAACAUUGGGCGUUACUUAAACCAUUCAUGUAAUCCAAAUACAUUUGUACAAAAUGUUUUUGUUGAUACACAUGAUCUUCGAUUUCCAUGGGUGUCUUUUUUCGCAUUACAUUAUAUACCUGCAGGUUCAGAACUUACUUGGGAUUACAGUUAUGAAAUAGGUAGUGUUCCAGGAAAAGUAAUGAAAUGUCAUUGCGAAUCAGCUUAUUGUAGAGGACGAUUAUUAUGAGCGGACAUUUUUUUUUAUUGAUAAAUUAUUAUAUUAAAAAUUUUUGUAUACAUUUUAAUAAUUUUAAGAUCCAUAUAAAAUAUUUAUUUGUGAACAAUUUAAAUAAUAAAUAUAAAUAUGAAAUAACA